ACAAGAGGUCACCCCACACACACACACAUUAUCACGCAGAGUUAGAACUUAGAGUGUAAUGUGAUUUAGGAAAUAAUUUCGUAACAAAUAACUAAUAUAACUUUUAUAAGAAGUUAAAUAAUUCCACUGACAUUUCUGUGCGACUACAAAGAUAGUGAUCUGUUACUUUAUUACUUAGUGUGUUAUGUUACACCUAUGAAUUUAAACUUGUGGUCGUGAGGUCCAAAGUGGAACUGGAACUACCAACUACAACUUACACUUACAAUUAAACAUGUGGACACCCAUCAAACUUCAGAAAAAUGUUUUGUGUAAAUUCUUAUGGAAUACACAACGGUGCAUAUCUGUAAAAAGAAACAAACUUAAGGAUGCAGAAGGAUGUAUCACUAGUCUACCAAGUAACCAUUGUUAUACAAACUUGUAUCCUUGGAAGCAUAAAGAUGAGUUUAUUGAAUAUAUGGUGAAAAGCAUUGUUUAUAACAACGAUGGUCUAAUUGUGGUUAAUAAACCUUAUGGUGUACCAAUCUAUAAGCAUAAUGUUCAAGCUAAUGAAAAUAAAAGCACAGUAACUCAGACUGUGCUCAGCUCAUCUCAAGUAGAAUGUCCAUAUGUUCUUGAAGAUGCACUAGAAGCUUUAAAAAGUCACUUACAAUAUACAGAUUUGAAAAUUGUUAAGUCAGCAGAAAGGUAUAUGAGUGGUAUCGUUUUACUGGCAGCCACUGAAAAAGUGGCCCAGAAGAUAAGGAAAGCCAUAACAAGUAGUAAGACCAGAAAGCAACCUUUCAUGAAUUAUUGGGCAAUCACUAAAGGUUAUCCUGAUCCAGCGAUAUUAGAAGAAAGGGUUGGAAUUAAACUUAUUGAAGUAGGACAAGAAAGCAACAAGCAGCCUAUUAUUGUAAAGAAGUUUUCCAAGAAAGAAGUGUUAAACACGAAAGUUAGACCCGUGAAUGUGGAGUUUAGAACCAUAUGUAUCAAUAAGCCUCUUUCAUCCUGUCUUUUAGAAAUAACAACAUCUUCAGUGAAGUGGCACUUUCUUCGGGUUUAUUUGGCUAACAAGGUAUCAUGUGUGUUAGGAGAUACUCUAUAUUCAUCAAGGGUACGUCAAAUUUUAGGACAACCAUUCACCAUCAGUCCCUACAAUACUGCAGCCUAUGAUAUUCAGUCCUUACCAAAUGAAGUCUGUAGUAGGUUAAAAAUUCCAACUGGAAUUAAAGGACACACACUUGUUCCUGUUAUGCUUCAUCAUCAGUCCUUUCUAUUGCCAGAUUUCGUUUCAAAGGGCCAAGAUCUACUCAUAUCUGCCUUACCACCAAGCCAUUUUUUGUGGACAUGUUCUCAACUUGAUAUUCUUCCAGAGUCUAACUUGAUGGUAGAAUGCUCUGUGACUUAAAAAUGUGUCAAUUUGCAAUAGACUUUGUAUACUUUUUAAAUUAUGUAACAAUUUAUUGCUAUAAAGACUGGCAACAUUUUUCUUGUUUAUUAACAUUGUUCUCUCACUCUCUCGUUUUUUUUAAUAGUAAAAUGGCAGAUAUUAACUUAUGACAUCUUAACUGUUAUGCCACAUACUUUUGUUUCUCCCCAAAAAAGAAAGAAAAACUGUGCUGUGUGUAUAUAUAUAUAUAUAUAUAUAUAUAUAUCAUAUAUGUGCAGUUAAUUUAAAUAUUCAGUAACAAAUUUUUAAUUUUCUUAAACUUCAAGUGACAAAAUGUUCAACGCUAUUCCUAACAACCUUAAUAUAUCUUAACUAUGUACAUGUCCUAAUUCAACAUUAUUUUGUUGGCAAAACUGAUUUAUCAACUUUUGGUAUUUGGUAUAUAAAUUAGAACAUUUUUAUUUUUUAAAACAAAUUUAUUGUACAUUUUUCAGUAAUUGGUCAAAGAAAAUUGUUCCCCCCACUCAAAGGGUGUUUUGGGCUGUGUUCUUCAUUAAAACACUAUAAAUUUUGAGAAUUCUCAUUUUUAUAAACGUCUUUUGUAUCUCAUUAUUUUAUCUGCUUAGUAUGCUUCAGUCAUUUGUUUAAAGCAAGGUACUUGUUCAUUGAACAGCAAAUUACAAUGAAUUUUAUACAUUUAAAGUGAGUCAUUGUUGAAGUUCGCAUGUGUUUUUUGAGCAUGUUUGCGACUGAGAAUAUUGAGCAGAAGUUGAUAAUAUUUUUGUCCAUCACAGUGCUUGGCUUCGCUGUAACAAACUUCAUACAAUCUCUUAAACAUAGACAAGGCUAUUGCCAAUGGAGUUGCUACUGGUGCACUUGUACUAGAGUUUUUGAGAUAGAGAGUCCCCUGACAGAAUAAUCAUCCCUGGAAUUCCUCUACCCUCCGCAGAAAAUAAAAAUUAAUAUAUAUAUCAUGGGGUUGAUCUUUAAAAUGUGAGUGAGCAUGGCAUAUUUUAUCAAUGGUCUGUCACUGUACAGUAGAGUUGGUGUCAAGAGUAUGUAACUUUGGUUUUAAUCAAUGGCUUUAAAUAUUAUAAACAUUAUCAUUAUUUUAACUUUCAAUACAUUUUUAUUCAGUUGCUGACUUGGAUUUGACAUGUUAUGAAAUAUGUGAGUAAUUACCACACACUAGCUCUUAAGGGAGAUCUAUAUGUUCAAUUUGCAAACAAGCCCUCAAAUCUGUCAUUAUGCCUGAAAGUAGACUUUUAUGUUUUUUGAAGUGAUGCACAUAUACAUGAUAAAUCUAAAAUGCCUAUAUUAAAGGAAGAUUUUUCUUAUUUAAAAGGGAUAUUAAUCUUCAGUGAGAGAUUGUUUUAACAUUCAAUGAAAAGUGUUUAUUAUAUGUUUAAUAAAGACAAGCAUUAUGUUAACAGUUCAAAAGAUUAACUUCAAUGAAAACUAAAAACAGAAAUGAAUAUUGUUCCUUUUUUAUUUUAUCACUGCAGUGUUGCAUCAUCAUAAAGUUAACAUUGUUGAAGAGUGAUAAUAUAAGAAUCUUGUAAUAAAGAUGAGAUUAUUUUUAAAAGGUAAUUUAUAUUCAUUUAGUGACAUUAAAAAGUAAUUUGGAUUUUUUUUUUGUGAAAUGUUUUAAAAAAUUGAUUUAAAUUAAAGGUAUGUAAUUGUUUGGGUCCAUAGGGUAUGCUUUACAGUGAGAAAUAUUAGUAGUAGGAAUUAAUUGGCUAACAAAAUGAAUUAGUGUCAGAAAUUAGCUUUGUAAUGAUUUAAAAAAAAUAUUAAUGUAAUAGCCACACUUGGUAACUAUGAGUUAGAAAAAUACCCAUUUGUCACCACUCUGUGUGCUCUACAACCAAGCCUACUUUCUAUACUUUUUUGUUUAUAUUUCCACUAGUUCCAUAACAAUUCAAUUUAUUAAUUAAACUUUUGGUAUAGAACCUGUAAAAAGGCUUUCUGAAAGUCAAUAAUUCUUUAACAAUUUUAAGUUAAGAAACACCUUUUUUUAAAAAAACGAAAGCAUGCAGUGUAUUGUACAUUAAUAUUAACUUUUAAGAGAUUCCAAAGUAUUGCUAAUAACAGAAGUAGAACCCAUUGGUCCAUAUUUUUCUGGGUUACUUCAACAAUAAUGAACAAGUUGACAAGUUUUGGUAUCUCUCGUAUAAUAAUAAUGCAAUGCCACUGACUUGUCAACCCAGCCUGGCAUGGCCUGUUGGUUAAAGCACUUGACUUGUAAUCUGUGGGUAGUGGGAUUAAAACUUGUUGUAGAAUGUUUGUUCUUUUAACCAUGGGGCCUUAUAAUUUGAUGGUUAAUCCAAUUCUUUGUUGGCUAACAGUUGGUGAUAGGUGCAGCCAGCUGUUUGCCUACUAUUGAUCAGCAGUUUGAAACUAGACCCCCCUGUGGCUCAGCAGGAAACCUAAAGGCUCAUAAUGCUAAAUACUGAGUUUUGAUACUCAGUGUGGGCACAGCACAGAUAGCCAUUGUGUAGUUUUGUGUUUAACAACAAAACAAACAAUCAAAAUUAGGAACAUCAACAGAUUAGUAGUUUGUCAUAAACAAACAAAAAUGUGUCACCCUGUAAACUGCAUUAAUCCAGAUAUAAGACUGGCAGUAUGGAAAAGGAGUGGGAGAUAAUAUUAUGAUAUAUUAUUCAUUUGUUACAAAAUUGUAAGAUAGAUUGUCUUUUAUUGUAUAUCAACUGACCUUAACUAUUACUUGAACACUGUAAUCCAUAAUUAAUUUAUUCUAUUCAGGAGUGAAAACUGACCAAACUGUGGACUCAGACAAAAAUAAAAAUUGAGUCUAAA